GAACAUGACAGUUACGCGCAAGCGCGACUACUAUCAAGUGCUGGCGUGGGCCGAGGUGCCUCCGACGAGGAGAUCAAGAAGGCCUUCCGUAAGCUCGCCAUGGAGUACCACCCCGACCGCAACAAAGAUGCGGCGGCGAGCGAGCGAUUCAAGGACAUCAACGAGGCCUAUCAGGUGCUCAGCGAUUCCAAGAAGCGCAGCAGCUACGACACGUUCGCCAUGUCUAGUGGGCACCAACGGCAGCGGUUUCGACGGGUUCGAGAACUUCGGCGGCUUCGGAGACAUCUUCGACGCCUUCUUCGGCGGGUCCACGCGCCGGUCUGCGACGUCCGCGCGACGGGGGGCCGACCUUCAGGUCGAUAUCACCAUCGACUUCGAGAAGGCGUCUUCGGUGCCGAGGAGGAGAUCGAGAUCCGUCGCAACGAGAUCUGCUCGCGCUGCCGGGGCGCACGCUCAGAGCCGGUCACGUCGCCCGACACCUGCGUUCAGUGCCGGGGGGCCGGCCAGGUACGCCGAAGCCAGCAGGGUAUCUUCGGCCAGUUCACCCAGGUCUCGACGUGCACCAUGUGUCGCGGCGAAGGCCAGGUCAUCACGACACCCUGCUCGAACUGCCGCGGCGCGGGAACGAGAUACGCGACCGCAAGCUGGUCGUGACCAUUCCCGCCGGGAU